AUUCAAGGCUUUGAGCUCACUCCUGAGUACAUCACCGUGACUCAUACCAUCAAGGACCUUGGUGAUCCUAACCUCGAAGCCACUAGUCAGGGCGACGUCACUGUUAUACUGGACUUCACUAAGGAUGAGGACCUCCUUCAGCUAGCCUUAGCCAGGGAGAUCACCAACAGAGUGCAGAAGCUUCGUAAAGAGGUGGGCUUACAGCAGGACGAUCCGGUUGAGAUGUGGGCCAGCUCUACUGUGAAGGAGGUGACGGAGGUUCUGGAAAAGAAGUCGGAUUAUAUCGACCGUCUGUUGAGGAGGCCUUUGAUGAACGCUAAGGAUCUGCAGGGCCACGAG